AUGACCAAACGUUUAGAAUAUUUUCAAUGUUUGAAAAGACUACUUGUUUUUGUGGUAUCGGUUUUGACUGCCUCAUAUGUUGCCGCUGACAAAAACAUGUUGAACAUGGCCCACAACACUGACAACUACGACACGAAUGUCGUUUCAAUUGAUGGUCCACCUCGAUUGCUGGAAAAAUUUCCAAGAACGAUAAAAAACGUUGCUGGUGGAUCGGUAACAAUGGUGUGUCCGUUGCAGCAACCACAUCAACGACAAAAGAAACAGCAACAGAAGCGUCCAACUGAUUCAACAUACUCAAACUCAUCGACGUCAUCGUGGUCUUUUUCACCUUCAGCAAACGAUUUGAUGAUCGAAUGGCGGAAGAAUGAUCGUUUGAUAGGUAUAGGUUGGAGCAGGUUUCAAGUCAAACAUGACACACUGGUAAUUUCGAAAGUGGACAUGUCUGACAUGGGCAAUUACACGUGUGUGGCUACUAAUGGAUUCGGAUCUGUCGUCAGCUAUUAUUUGCUUUGUAUUGCAGAAAGCAGUGCUGAUUUUGACGACGUCGUGGACAAUCCGAAAUACAACAAGUACUGCGUGGAAGACGAUCUCAACACGAACAACUACAACGACAAACACAGCGUGAAGAAGAACAAAGGAUGGCUCACCCUGGAUGGUACUUUGAUUUGA